ACCUAGCUCAUUUACUGACCUCAAUACAAUCACAAACUAGACCACGAAAAUUCGUUAACAUAAGCAUCAAAUAUCUCGCGCCCAAACAAGCCGUAUAUAUCAUCUUCCUUCCCCAAACAAAACCCAUUUUUUUUUUCUCCAGCUUAAAUCCAACCCAAAACCCUACUACACCAAAAAAAAAAAAAAAGAAAAACACUAACGUUAUUUACUGGAUUGUUUCUUUGAUUAAAUCCAUUUUUGAUUGGUAAUCAUCAGAUUCUUUUUUCGACCAUAAUAAUACUUUAAUUCCUUAAAUCAUCAAAAUAUGAUCUUUUCUAAGCUAGGCCGUUCAUAUUCCCGAUCUUCUCGUCUAAGGAAUUUGUUGUAUCGUGGCGGAGGCGGUGGCAGUACCGGAGGGAGGUCGCCAAGGUUGAGCGGAAACGUAGAUGGACUAAAUAGGGAAUUAGGGUUUUUGAGAGGUUAUCUAACUUCGAUAGGAGCUCGAAAGGAGUUUUGUUCCAAGUCUUAUUUAUCAGAUUUAAAUUUCGUUCUUGCUAACCCUAGAAUCCGUCGCUUUUUCUCAAGUGAAGCCCCAAAGAAGAAGAAUUAUGAGAACUUUUACCCUAAGGAAAAGAAGGAAACUCCAAAGCAAAAUGACCAAAAAUCUGACUCCAAAGAGAAUUCCAACACAGGUGACCAAGGGAAUUUCCAGGAAAUGUUCCUAAAGCUUUUCCAAAAUUUAAUCAGCCCUUUGUUAGUGAUUGCACUGUUACUUUCUUACUCUCCUUUGAGUGCCAGUGAGCAGCAACAAAUUAGUUUCCAAGAAUUCAAAAACAAGCUUUUAGAACCAGGUUUAGUCGACCAUAUAGUUGUUUCUAAUAAGUCAGUUGCAAAAGUGUAUGUGAGAAGCACGCCAUACAAUCAAACAAGUGAUGAUGUCGUCCAAGGGCCUGUCGAUGGUACUUCUGCUAGAGGACAUGGAGGUCAAUAUAAAUACUACUUCAAUAUUGGAAGUGUUGAGUCUUUUGAGGAGAAGUUGGAAGAAGCCCAAGAAGCAUUACGGAUUGACCCACACGAUUAUGUUCCUGUGACAUACGUCUCUGAAUUGAUGUGGUACCAGGAGUUGAUGAGGUUUGCACCAACAUUAUUAGUUCUUGGAACCCUUGCAUUUAUGGGGCGUAGAAUGCAAGGGGGAUUGGGUGUUGGAGGAGGUGGUGGUAAGGGUGCCCGUGGAAUUUUCAACAUAGGGAAAGCCCAUGUAACCAAAGUGGAUAAAAAUUCCAAGAAUAAGGUCUAUUUCAAAGAUGUAGCUGGCUGUGAUGAGGCCAAACAAGAGAUCAUGGAGUUUGUGCACUUCCUUAAGAACCCGAAGAAAUAUGAGGAACUAGGAGCAAAAAUUCCAAAAGGUGCUCUUUUGGUUGGCCCUCCAGGUACAGGAAAGACCCUCCUAGCAAAAGCAACUGCUGGUGAGUCGGGUGUACCUUUUCUAUCUAUAUCAGGUUCUGAUUUCAUGGAGAUGUUUGUUGGUGUUGGACCAUCCAGGGUGAGGAACUUGUUCCAAGAAGCAAGGCAAUGUGCUCCUAGUAUAAUAUUUAUUGAUGAGAUUGAUGCAAUUGGUCGAGCAAGAGGCCGUGGAGGCUUCUCAGGCUCUAAUGAUGAGCGUGAAAGUACGCUUAAUCAAUUGCUGGUAGAAAUGGAUGGCUUUGGAACCACUUCGGGAGUAGUUGUGAUUGCUGGUACUAAUAGGCCUGAUAUUUUAGACAAAGCUCUACUGAGGCCAGGGCGAUUUGAUCGUCAGAUUUCAAUAGAUAAACCUGAUAUUAAAGGACGUGAACAAAUAUUUCAGAUCUACUUGAAAAAAAUAAGGCUUGAUAAUGAACCAUCAUUUUACUCUCAAAGACUUGCUGCUCUCACUCCUGGAUUUGCUGGAGCAGACAUUGCAAAUGUUUGUAAUGAAGCUGCUCUAAUUGCUGCAAGGAGUGAAGGGACACAGGUCACGAUGGAACAUUUUGAGGCUGCUAUAGACAGGAUCAUCGGUGGUCUGGAGAAGAAGAACAGGGUAAUAAGCAAACUCGAACGAAAGACUGUUGCUUAUCAUGAAUCAGGUCAUGCUGUUGCUGGCUGGUUCCUGGAGCAUGCUGAACCCCUCUUGAAGGUGACAAUUGUUCCUCGUGGAACAGCAGCACUUGGGUUUGCCCAGUAUGUUCCAAAUGAAAACCUUCUCAUGACAAAGGAGCAGCUUUUUGAUAUGACUUGCAUGACCCUUGGUGGUCGAGCAGCUGAACAGGUUUUGCUGGGAAAGAUAUCAACAGGAGCACAAAAUGACUUGGAAAAGGUGACUAAGAUGACCUAUGCCCAGGUGGCAGUUUAUGGUUUUAGCGAGAAGGUAGGUCUCCUCUCUUUCCCUCAAAGGGAUGAUGGAUUUGAGAUGUCGAAGCCCUAUAGCAAUAAGACAGGGGCUAUCAUAGAUGGUGAAGUUCGAGAGUGGGUAGGCAAGGCAUAUGAGAAAACUGUCCAACUUAUAGAGGAACAUAAGGAGCAAGUAGCUGAGAUUGCUGAGUUGUUGCUUGAAAAGGAAGUUCUUCACCAAGACGAUUUGGUUCGAGUUUUGGGUGAAAGACCAUUCAAAUCAAGUGAACUUACAAACUAUGACAGAUUUAAGCAAGGGUUUGAAGAAGAAGCGAAUAAGAGCAUGCAAGCCCCUGAGGUUGGAAGUGUGGAAAAUGAUGGAUCAGCACCCCUUGAUCCUCAGGUUGUCCCCACUUGAUCAUUGGGGUUUUUGUUAUUGUACAUUAAGUUCAUAAAUUGUUUCUGAUUUUUCCUUAACACAAAUUUUUUUUUCUUUGUUCAAUUGCCAUUAAUGAUCUUCUUCAGUUGUAUAUCAUUUACGUUGGCAUUACUCAUUUCAUUUCAUGGAUA